AUGGCGAUGGUUCCCUUACACGGGAAGGAAGAAAGAAUUUCAAAUAUGUUUAAGAACGGAAAAUUAAAAAUGGAUUGGUACUUAAGUGUGAACGAUCGUGAAAAGGCGGAAGUGCGGGCUGCUUUUCACAUGGAUGACGGAGGAAUUCGUCAAGAGACGAAGGGUGAACCAUCAACCAUUCCGGACACAUACGAAGACAGCUCUGAUGAUGGUCAUUGGGAAGCAUAUGCAGAGGAGAUAAUCAGGAAAAAAAAUUCUGAAAUAAUAAUAUUGAAUGGCAGAAUUGCAAGCCUUACGAAGGAGUUGAUGGACCUGCGUCAAUGUCCAAUCUAUAACGAAGAAGGUGAUGUUUGUCACGAUGAAGAAGGUUAUGGUGUAGGUGAUGAAGGAUUUGGUGGCGGGGACGAUGAACAACAUAAAGGGGAUGAAGGUUGUGAUGGUGGAGACGAUGAACACCAAAAAGGGGAUGAACCUUAUUGUGGUGGAGUUGAAGAACACCGUUUACAGGAUGAACGAUGUGGUGGUGGAAGCGAUGAACACCCUUCAGCGGAUGAAGAACCACCACUCAAACAUCACAAAGUUGCAGGAACUGACAAAGCCGUAGCAUCUGACUCUCUUCAGUAUUAUAUUGAUGUUGAUGAUGGUGACAAUGAUGUUGAUGUAGAUGAAGAGCAUGUACCGUUGCGGAAGUUUGUUGGUGAUCCAGCCACCGAUGUGGAUGUUGAGAAACUAUACAUUGCAGUUAGCGUUAAAGACAGAGCAAAUAGGGUAGUAUGUGACAUCAUUGGUGGUGUUAUUUGCGUCAACAAUGUUUAUGCACUAUCAAAAACGGUUGACCGGUGUUGUGAGGAGGGUGCAUUUCAGUUCUUUGACCAUAUUAUAAAUGAUUAUAACCGAAUGGAAAAAAAUCAACAUGUUUAUACACUUCAUAACUUCGCCAGCUAUCUGAGGAAUGACCAUUUUGGUCUUGCUGACAUUCCCACCGUUGAGUUUGUGUUUAUGCCAUUUUUCCAUGAUUACCACUGGUGGUGUUAUUGUUUGAACAUGAAUACAUUACAAAUAUCUGUCAUUGACUCAUUAAACAAGGCUGUGAGAGAUCGGAAGAGGAUUGACUUGUUUGUGGGUAAAAACAUGGCCAAAUUUUUGUGCAUGUUGUACAAUCAACCUGAAGGUACUAUUGCUCCUUUGCCUGUUGUAUUAUCAAACAUCCCAAGCCAACCGAACUUAUUUGAUUGUGGAGUGAUAAUGUUAAAGGCAAUGGAAAUUUGGGAUGGAGAGGACAGGUACAACGGCAAGAGCUUGCCGCAAUAUACAAAUGAGGACUUGAGAGAAAUUAGAAAGAACUACGUCAAGGAGUGGAUUUUGGACAAUGAAAACCUUGCAAGAAUGGAAGCGCUUCAUGUGUAUGGGUUUUUGGAGGAUUGUUAG